AUGCCGAGGAUCGGGUACGCUGCUUCCCUUGGUGCUUCUGACCAACCGGGGCGUCAGGUUAUUACUCCGAGACCGUUUUUAUUUCCUCGGGAUAAGUCUGAUCCUUGCAGGCUCAGCCAGGUUGGUGUGGGUUUUUUUUUUCUUAAAUUUUUUUUUUUGUUUUGUACGAGCAGCGUUACAGUUUCUGUGAGUCCUGCAAAUCGAAAGAUCACCUCUCCUGGUUUUAUACCCCCAAAAAUCUCAAACCAAGGAAAGCGAAUCCGAAAAAUAAACCCCACAGCAUCCUGUUAUCUAGAAGCCAUUGGAGAGUCGAGUGAAAAGGUGGUGGGAGCAGCCUCGAAGAAUAAGGACAGCGGCGAACGUGAGAACAAGCAGUUCAGAGACGACGACGAAGAGGAGACCGUCAAGCACAAGGAGCUCAAACUGCGAAACUACGAGCCUGAGGAUGAGGAGCUGAAGAAGAGGAAGGUGCCCCAAGCCAAACCGGCCUCAGUGGAAGACAAGGUGAAGGACCAGCUGGAGGCCGCCAAGCCGGAGCCCAUCAUCGACGAGGUGGAUCUGGCAAACCUGGCCCCCAGAAAGCCAGACUGGGAUUUGAAGCGAGAUGUAGCCAAGAAACUGGAGAAGCUGGAGAAGAGGACGCAGAGAGCCAUCGCCGAGUUGAUCCGAGAGCGGUUGAAAGGGCAGGAGGAGGAGCUGGCGUCUGCUGUGGGGUCGGCAAAGCAGGAGGGAAGUGAUUCCGACUGAGGAGGUCCGUCCGGCAGCCUUGGGCGCGGGCUCUGCCUCUGCCAACACCACCCAUCCCAAUUGCUCUCAGGUAGAGGCACCGUGUUGGGACGUGCUGCUCACCAACGCUUUGUCAGGAGCCCAGGAAUCCUACCAUGCCUAAAGGAGAGGGGCAGAUCCAAGGAGCCCUGCUCUCCUCUCUCGGACUAAUGGCUCUUCCUCCGUUGAGGAACACUUCACAGAUAGCUUUUAGGGACCACGGCGGGAUGAUGGGAGCGGGACAGAUGCCCACGUUAGCUUGAAUCUAGGCUGCCAGGACUCGGAGCAAGGAAGGUGUGGGCAAAAGGGCUAGUGCCAGAGAAGAGGAAUCCAAGUUAACGCUCCUCUCGCUUGAUGGCUGAGCAAGACGAUGCCCAACCUACAGCAACCCUUCGAGAGGCGCUGGCAUUCCCCAGGGGACUGCUGCUCCUGUUCCUGGCUCGGAGAUACCUCUCUCGGGGCGCUCCUUUCUGCAGAAGAGCUGGUGUAACUGCCACGCGGGGAACAAGGGGGUCUCUUGCUCCGGAGAUCUGGCUGUGAGUAUUUGGGAACAUCCAUGGGCAGAGCCAGCACGUGCAGAACAGCUCUGCUGGAAGUAGCUGUGUGGCUCAGGACCCGUUGGCUUCUCUGCAUCCAGCUGAGGUUAACGUGGGGUUUGUUCCGUUCCCUGAAGUUUCCCGACCCUCCAGGCUGUGCCGCGCGUACCGCUCCUCUCUGUGUUUUAUAAUUGACAGAGUUUGUUGUUAACAAAUCUUUUUGUAAUAAAA